AGGAGUGGAAGGGGAAGUUGGUUCCAUAGAAAUGGAGAUGGAAAUGAGAAGCAUAUCAGAUAGAGACAUUGGUACAGACAUAACACCACCUCUCACUCCUUUCUCUUUCUCUCUCCACAACACCCAUCUCCACACUCACUGCUCCUCAUGUUUCUCUCUCAUCACUCCCAUUAUUCCCACAACAAAUCAUUCCCAUUCUACAUUCUACUGCUCCCCUCACUGCUCCACCUCCCAUUCCCCUAUCCACCUCUCCUCCGCCGAACGCCAUCUUCCUUCAUCCAUCAACUCCUCCCUCCUCCGCACCGCCCUCCGCCUCCUCCUCCUCCACCACACCACCUCCCUCUUUCCUCGAAUCAACCACUUACUUACCAACCGUCUUUUGCUGACCUGUCAAAACGAUGACGUCAAUGAAACUAUCCGCCUCGGCGCACAUGCCAUGGCCACCGCAAUAGCAAACCACAGAGGCGGCGGCAGCGGUGGCUUCUCCGAACCAUACGACAACGCCGUUUUGGAGAAAUCGACUGAUGCUCUAUGUGCGGUGCUAACGAACGCUGUGGAGGUGCACGAUAACGAAGGAUGCGCUGUUGGAAUUGCGGUUUUUGAACCUGCUUUCUCUUGGAUUAAUCAUAGUUGUUCUCCUAAUGCUUGUUACCGUUUCUCUUUCUCUUCUUCUUCUUUGCUUUCUCAGGAAUCAAAAUUUCUUAUAGCUCCGUUCACUCGCAAUUCUCAACAACCACAAAUAGAUUGUGGGGUUUCUGGUAGCAGUAGUGAAUUUGCACAAGGUGUUCUUUUACUUAGAUUUAUAUUUGUUAAUGGAAAAUUCCAAUAUGAACCACAGUUUGUUGUAUUUCAAGAAUGUUUACAACUCCGGCCAAUUACGUCAUCUCUGAUAAUGGAAGGGUGGAGAAUCUGUGGUCCAAGAUUGAUUGUGAGGAGUAUCAAGAGAAUAAAAAAAGGGGAAGAGGUCACUGUAGCAUAUACUGAUCUGUUGCAGCCAAAGGCAUUGAGACAAUCGGAACUAUGGUCAAAGUAUCGAUUUCUUUGUUGCUGCAAACGAUGUACUUCUCUGCCUUUCACAUACGUUGAUCAUGCAUUGCAAGAAAUAUCUGUUUUAUAUGGAGAUUCAUCUGGUUUACGUACCAAUUACAAGUUCUUCAGAGACAUGGCUGAUAGAAGAUUGACUGAUUCCAUUGAAGAUGCUAUAUCAGAGUACCUUUCAGUUGGUGAUUCCUUGUCUUGUUGUGAGAAGCUGGAGAAGAUUCUUACCGAAGGUCUAGAUGAGCAGCUCGAAGAAAAUGAAGAAAAAUCACAUUAUAAAUUCAUACUGCAUCCCCUUCAUCACCUCUCUCUAAAUUCCUAUACAACACUAGCUUCGGCAUAUAAAGUCCGUGCUUGUGAUUUAUCAUCCGGAGAUUUUGAAAUAGAUUCGAAUCAGUCAGAAUCAAAAGCUUUUGAUUUGAGCAGAACAAGUACUGCAUAUUUUUUGUUACUUGCAAGUGGAGUUCAUCAUCUCUUCAAUUCUGAAUCAUCACUUAUUGCAUCAGUUGCUAAUUUUUGGGUAGGAGCUGGUGAAUCUUUGUUAACUCUUACAAAAAGUUCAGGAUGGAGUAGUAAGUUUGUUAAUUUUGAUUUGGUUCUUUCAAACAUUGCUUCUGACACAAAAUUUGAAUGCUCUAAGUGCUCAUUAAUGGAUAGAUUUAGAGACUCUAUAUUAAAUGGUAAAAUCAAAAGUGAAGAUUUUGAGAAUGUAUCAAAUGAGUUUAUUCAUUGUGUCUCAGAUAUUACUCAUAAAGUUUGGAAUUUCCUUGUCUAUGGUUGUCAUUUUUUGAAAUCAUGUAAGGACCCUAUCAGUUUCAGCUGGCUUAUGUCUAUAAAAAAUUCAGUGGAUGUUGGGGCUAAUGAUAUCAAAACUGACAUGUGUUACACGCAUGAACCUGAGAAUAGCAUUGGUGUUAGUGAUGAGCUUGCUUACACUGAUCAUACAGUAGCACACAUUCUUCAGCUUGGAAGACACUGCUUAACAUAUGGAGGAUUAUUGGCUUUUGUAUGUUAUGGUCCUAAUUCUCAUUUGGUUUCUCAUGUUCAAAAUAUUCUAGCUCGUGAAAACAAUUUUUUAUUUUCAUUAUGAAUUUUGAGAUAUGUAUGAUAGCUUGUGAAAAUUUUUAGUAUGAAAAUGAGUUAAGGUUCUUUGAUCCUUUUAUUUA